AUGGCGGAUGGUUUAAAAAAUCCCGUCUUGGCGUCUGCUUCUGAUUCAGACUCCGAUGAUUUGCCUCGUGGUACUCAAAAACUGGCUUCUACUAAGAAGAUAGAUAGUAGUCAGUUGAUCCUGCCUGGAACUUCGAAAUCAGAGAUAACUUCUUUACAAGUAGGGAACAAUUUUCUCAAGAAUAUUGAGACCAGUAUGGACCAUAUGGCACAAUUUAUGGGAUCCAUGAACGAGGCCUUUACCGGACUUGCUGAAGAAAAACGAAAGCUCCCGGAGGAAUUUAUCAUUCCCAAGAAGAAAGCCCGUCGUCGAGUGUCUGACACUUCUUCAGAUGAGGCUGAAAAAGAUUUUAUUGCCAUGGCUAAUGUUAAUCGGCCAAAGUCCUAUAAAGGUCAGAAAAUCAAUGAUAAAUUAGCCAAGUUUGUCACUAAAAGAUUCGAGACGCGUCUAUCAUUCGACAAACUCAAAGAACGAAUUGAUAAAUACAGUAUACCCCGUAAUUGCGAGGGUGUUUAUGUGCCUGAGGUAAAUUUACCCAUCAAGUCGAAGCUCAACCGUUUUAUCAGGGGUUUGGAUACUCGCACUUCUAAUAUACAGAGAACAAUUGUUUCGGCAAGCUCUGCUGUCAUUGAAUGUCUGGAACUAGUAUCUUCAAAUAUGGUGGCUAUGAAUGGUGCUCCUGAACUUGUCUCAAAACUCACAGAUGCUGUGAGCAUGUUGGGAAUCUCCCCUUUUGGUUUAGACUCGGGGUUAUAUUUAUUGUUUAGUAUUCAGUGGCCAUUAUGUGGACAGAUGGUUCCUGUAACCAAACUACUUUUUGGAGACGAUCUUCAAAAAGAAAUGGAAGAAGUUUGUGAAACGAAUUUGAUAGCAAAUACUGUCAACAAAUCUAAGGGAAAUUACUCCUCCUACAACCAUAAUCGAUUCGACAAUAGUAAAAGUCAUCAUGGUGCCAGUGGUGGAUAUCAGAAAUACCCUUUUCGCGAAAGAGGUCGGGGGAACUUCAAGAAGAAAAGCUAUGCCCACAAACCAAAAAGCGAAAAAUAG